GCCACGCGGUCCGGACCGCUGUUCCACUGCCGCACGCGGACUGCCCGACAACGCGCGUCUUCUCUAAUGCCCUCUCGUUCCCACUCUCUUUAGUAGCUUAUUCCACUAAGUUAGUGUUCCCACGUCUGUCGCGAGUGAGUGACGUGUCGCGCGCGACGUACAAACAGACGAUAAUAAUAACGAUACAAUGAACUGUGAAUAUUUAUUUACGAUGCACAUAAGCGGUACUUUGUGUUAAAUCGUCCAUGAAUGGUGCGGAUUCCGAGAUCUGAUCAAUAUUCAAUGGAAAUGAAGAUGUUAGACCUUAGAAAUGAAUAGAAAUUAGUGAGUGAAGUGUAAAAAAGACGGUAUUCAAAAUGCACGGUCUCACGCAUUUUCUGCACAAACACCACCGAGAAUCAACCCCUCCCAUGGAAAAAGAAGACAGUGGUGACAGUUGGUAUUCGUCGCUGACCUCAACGGACUCACGUAACGUGCUAGCAAAUGAAGGCGCUGCAUCAUCCUCAACGGCGCGACCUAUACCUAUACAUCAGAGAGGCUCUAGUGCGCAUCGGAGUAUGAGAGCUAGUUCAGGAAGUCCCUAUGAGUUUGCUUCUAGUCCUCGGGAUCGCUAUCCGAAUUUUGCAAGUUACAUUCGGGAUGUUAUGGAGAGAGGGUCUCCCACGCAACAUUAUUACACUCAUCAGCCAGACUACAGACGGCAAAGAAGCGAUGGAGACCGCUACCAAAUUGGCGUCAACACAUACCACGCGCCGCGCAACGACUACAGAAAUUUCGUCUCGCCUCUCUUUAAUGAUGUUAUGGAUGAUAUUCAAGAACAUGAAUAUAGUAAAUGUGAACGGUAUGGUGAAAUAUCUAGUUCAAAAUUGAGCCAUAGAAAUCGACAUGAUAACAAAAGUUUUGCUCAAAAAUUAACAGAGAGUGUGACGGGCUCUAAAGAUUCCAAAGAUCAUAAAGAUAGCAAAUAUGAGAAAAAUGAAAGGCGAGGGUCAGGGUCAAGCAGUAGCGGACAUCGGCAUAAGCACCACACGAUACAAGAACUGAUUCGAACGUUUGGUAAAAAAGUGGGGCAUUGGCGGCACGAGUCUGGGGAAGGUCGGCGAGGCUCUUGCGCUACUCCGGCCGCCAGUACCGACGAGGCUCGUGCUAUGGACAGUGAUGAGUUUCGCUCACGAUCUAAGUCGCUUGAUGGAGAUCACUCACAUAAAAUUCUAAGGCGGCAAGUGCUUGAAGAUUGCGGUGCAACCUACCAAAUUUUCGACGAAAUAUUAAGAGAAGGAGCUCACCUGCGCAGGGCAACGUCUCAGGAUGCUGAGAAGCGCCGCUCAUCGCUAGGUCAUGUACCGACUAUACGGCACAGGGCAUCCGACGCUUUCCUUGAUCCCCAUCAUGCUGCCAUACUAUUCCGAGAUUCACGUGGGUUACCGGUUGCGGACCCGUUUUUGGAAAAAGUCAGCCUUUCCGACCUAGAGGAGGAUGAGUCCCAGAUAUUCGUGAAGUUCUUCAAGUUCCACAAGUGUUACGACCUGAUACCGACUUCGGCGAAGCUGGUAGUGUUCGACACGCAACUCCUGGUCAAGAAGGCGUUCUUCGCACUCGUUUAUAACGGCGUGCGUGCCGCUCCUCUAUGGGACUCGCAGCGGCAGAAGUUCGUGGGGAUGCUUACAAUCACGGACUUCAUCAAGAUUCUGCAAAUGUACUACACAAGUCCGAAUGUCGCUAUGGAAGAGCUAGAAGAGCACCGACUUGAGACUUGGCGCCAAGUCCUGAAAGGCUCAGUGGUGCCGCUGGUAUCGAUAGGGCCGGACAACUCACUGUUCGAUGCCAUCCGUAUGCUGAUCACCAACCGCAUACAUCGGCUGCCAGUCAUCGACCCUGAGACCGGCAACGUCCUCUACAUACUCACACACAAGAGGAUUCUUCGUUUUCUCUUCUUAUACAUAAACGACUUACCAAAGCCAUCGUACCUGCAGAACAAGCUGCGCGACCUGCGUAUAGGCACGCUCAACGAUAUAGAGACUGCGACCGAGGACACAUCCAUAAUCGACGCACUGCGAAAAUUCGUCAACCGACGGGUUUCCGCACUGCCACUCAUUGACUCUGAGGGACGUUUGAAAGACAUCUAUGCCAAGUUUGACGUCAUUAAUCUGGCAGCUGAGAAGACAUAUAACAACCUGGACGUGUCGCUGAAGACAGCUAACGAGCACCGCAACGAAUGGUUCGAGGGAGUUCAGAAGUGUACGCUGGAUGAGACCCUCUUUGACGUCAUGGAGAGGAUUGUUCGCGCCGAGGUGCAUCGUCUGGUAGUUGUAGACGAGAAUGAUAAGGUGAUAGGUAUAAUAUCGCUAUCUGAUUUACUGAUGUACCUUGUGUUGCGUCCCACCGGCGAGUGCGGUGCGGGGGGCACUAGUCUUCGCAAUGAACACGCGUCUAUUGAAGAAAAGGACGAGAAUAUAGCCUCGGAAGGCACUUCAAGCGCUGAUGAUGGGGCCUAUGCCGUUGGUGGUGACACUGACAGCGGUCUCAGCGAAGCUGUAGGCGGGAUUGAAAGUGAACCCGCCAACUCUUCAAACACUGACACACGAGGAUCCAAGGAGACCAUCGACAGCGCGUCCCGAGAUCCGUAAGGUGUAAUGUGCUUUCUUGAUGAGUUUCUUAGUUUUAGAGCUGGCGUUACGCGAGCGCGGUUUUAUUUAAGUCUGCAUUUCCAUUUUCUUAGCAAUAGCAACUAACCUAUGUAAAUGGCGAUAUCAUUUUGAUCUUGGUUCUAAAGGCCUAGUUCCCGAUAAUGUCACCAUUUUUACUGAUGGUUCGUCCAAAAUUGUUCUGUUUUCUAAUAUAAGAAAAUAAUACACCACUUUUUACGUCUCGAUUAUUUGUUUGAAACUGAAUGAAAUAAAACAAUGAUAUGGCUAAUUAAACGAUAGAAUAAUCGAGGCGUAUUGAGAGGUCGAUCUCCUAUAGUUCAAUUCAGAUACAUAUCAUAAGUAUGAAACCAGAGGAAAGAAAGUACCUGACUUUUGGGCUUUAGAUGAUUAAUAAUUCUUUCAUAUACUAUGUUCAACCCAAGAUAAAUAAAAGCUGAUAACCUCAUUAUUUCAAGUCGAUAAAAAAAAACAAUAAACGUCAUAUUAAAUUAUCAAGUACGCGAUGAAAUGUUUCUCAUUCAGUCGUUUUCCACAAUAAUAAUUUGAAUUAAUAUUUCCAGAUUUUUAUAGUAAAUAUACGCUUGUAAGACUGCCUCCAUGUCAAUUCAAAUAUUUAUUCAUUUACUGAAGGAGGCAAAUUGAAAUGCAUUCAGAAUAUUGCUUUGUGUUUUUUUAUAAAGAUUAAAAUACUUCGAAGGUGUCUACUUCUCCUAUGGUAUAUUGUUACCGCUUCUUCACAUUUUGGAUCGCAAUCAUCAGUAAUGUUGUGACCUUAUUGGUGUCAAACAAAGAGUAAAACAAUAUUUUGUUACUACAGUUUAAAUAUCGAUCAUUUUUCAUCAGUUGGUUGUGAAUACUUGAAAAGCUGAAUAUUUUGAUUUAAAUUGAAAGUGUUUUUGAUAUUUCUUUUUCUUCAAUUCCACUUUUUAUAUGAUAUUUAUGUGUAUAUUCCGUAAUUGUUUGUAUAAUUUUGUGUUAUCAUUUCGUGUUCCUCCAAUAUUAAACUGGCAUUGAUCGGCGUUGUAACGCAAGCUCGCCGUAGAUGUAUGGUUUAGAUUAUAAACAUUGUGAAUUAUCUACAUGUGACGUGUGCUACAUCUGUUUUAGGUAUUUGUAUCAUCACUAGAGAACGAAGUUUUCAUUUAUGUGUAAUUCACUCUUUACUACAUCACAUUCAAAAUCUGAAUAUCAGGAAAUUCCGUUCUCUUCUUCACCUUGUCUCUAAUUUAAAUGGUUAUGCACAGAAACACGGUACAUCUGUGCUUUCUCAUGGUACCCGGCCAAACACCGUACCUAUAUAAAUAACCAAAACGAAAUUAGUUUCUUGUUAUCCAUGGUUCCAUCCAUACAUUCGUUGCUAGCCACUGACCAUGAAUAGACAGAUUCUUUGUAGUGACAUCACAUGUUUAUCAUGUAACAUUAAGACAAUUCAUGUUAUAGUCCAUACUCAAUUUGAACUUAUAUAAAUGUUAGCAAAAGUAAUCACACUUUACUAUUUAAAUGUAAUAGUACCUAAGUAGUGUGCAGAAAGUUGUCUAAUGCUGCAUCUCAGCUAGGAGAGCCGAGCACGAGAGAACAUCAUGGAACCUUGGACCGAAGAUAGACUUCUGUGUAAUGGUAUAGCUUCUUGAAAUUUCAUAUUUUGUUUUGUGCUUUCCAAUUGGUUAUAGUAGAUUCUCAAAGUUCCUCGAUGUCAUUAGAAGAAAGUUCCUAAAUACUCAAAAUUCUCAAAAUGGUUAAAAAUAUCAAAAUUUUGUUGAUUGGAUCUCAUUUAGAUUUGUACAUCCCCAUCGUAUUGGCUAUUUUCUAUUUGUACUGACCACCGCCAUAAUAACCGCUGCAACACCAGUUUCUGCUGUAAUAUUAUUGAUAUCGUCCGAAUUCACCUAUAGCCGUGAGCUGACUGCGGAAACCUAUGUUCGAGGGCAGUGCGAUCACUGUCCGUGUCUGUCGUGUUCGGCUCGUGCUCCGAUCCUGUUCGGCUCUCCUAGCGUAGACGCAGUUGUAGGUUCGUUGUACGUCUACACUUGACUCCGCGAAUGACGCAGCUGAGAACGGCUUCGCUCGUACUCGGUUCGUCUAGCAUACAUCUCCCCUUAAAUGUACUCUCCCCUACACAAACGUAUCCGCCAAACUAACGCUAUUUAGUUUAUAAUUUAUAAUAUUUUUGUUUGAUAGUAAUUAUUCGAAAAUUGAGAGUAGUAGAUCAACUUUAAGAAGUUUGACGUAAAGCUACGCCAAAAAUCGUAAUGUCAUCGUAUUCCUUAUUGUUUCUUUUUAAGUUUUAUCUAAAUUAUAUUUUGGCAAAGUGAAUUAACAAAUUAGUUUUCUCAUCUUAGGUACGUAAGUUUUCAUAUAUUUUUGGAUAAAAUUACGCGUAAUGUAAUGAUAGAUUGGUAAUUCGAUAUGUUACUAACAAACAAAAUCAUGUACUUCCUGUAAGUAUUAUAAAUUGUGUUAUUAAUUUAUGAGUAGAGUAACGUUGUAGUAAAGAUAAACUGUUAUAAAUGUUGUAUUAAAUUCAAACAAAUAUUUUGUAGCGACAUUAUUGUAUAGUUGGGAUGAAUUUAUUGAUUACAUAAAGUCUAAACCACUUUUGUGUAUAUAAUACGUAGUUCCAAAAGCUAUGACACAUACAUUUCUUCCUAAUGUUUAUGUGUUAUUUGUUUGAGAGGUGAAGCGCACAUGAUAUGCAUUAUGAGGACUUGAAAUAAAAAUUUGAUUCGUCA